AACAAUGAUUUCCUUCCUGAAACGAUUGGAGAAGAUUUGGAACUACGGACCCGGAAGAACGGCGUUGGCUGCCGUUUGCGCGCAUUCAGUUUCGAUCUCGAUCGGGAUUUCGCAGGGAUACAGCGCGAUCCUGAUACCGCAGCUGAUGAGAUCGCAGGAUUUCGAAGUGGACACCGAGCAGAGUUCUUGGCUAGCCAGCCUCGGGGCGAUCACCAAUCCUCUGGGUUCGAUCCUCUCCGGUCUUCUGGCCGAAUGGUUAGGAAGGAAGAGAUCCAUUCAGCUGAGCAGUCUUCCGUUCUUGCUGGGCUGGUUGUGCAUAGCCUUCGCACCUACAAUCUUCUGGUUAUAUGCGGGACGUCUGAUCACAGGAAUCGCUGCAG